AUGGGGCGGCCGAAGCAGAAGAAGGCGCAGCUGAAGCGCGCCACGCGGAAACCCAGGCGCGGGGCCCACGAAGGCAAUCCGCCGCUGCCGCUGGGCGGGGAGGACGGCAGCGCGGUGGGGGAUGACGGCGGCGGCAGCAACGCGCUCGUCAUCGCGCCCGCUGCGCCGUGCGCGCGGGGCAGCCGUUACCACGAGCCCUGCGAGCGAGUGGACGGGGUCGAAGCUGAGCUGGCAUCCGGCGCUGACGUGGCUGCUGACGUGGCGCUGGACAACGAUGAGCUGGAGCUGGUGGACGACCGCAAGAAGCGGCGCAACAGCAAGCGCGUGCAGCGCAAGCUGCGCCGCAUCCAGCUUCCCCAUUCCCCUCACUCCUUGUCCCUUGCUUCUCCCGUUUUCCCGUUUCUUGUUCCCCGCUCCCCCCCCUCCCUCCCAUUUCGUCUUCACCGCUUCCUCCUUUCCCCCCAUUCCAACUUCCCCGAGUCAAGUAUGUUCCUCAUCACCGUGCUGCUUCCUCAUCAUCACCAUGCUGCGUUCUGCAGGAUCCUGCCGACGGCGGCGGGCAGGUGCAUGUGUCAUUUGAAUGUACUUGCCACUGCUGCUGCCGCCGCCGCUGGCAGAGCACCCUGGGUGAUUGUGCUGCUUGCCUGCCUGUUCGCCCCACUGCCUGUUCGCCCCACUGCCUGUUCGCCCCACUGCCUGUUCGCCCCACUGCCUGCUCGCCCCACUGCCUGUUCGCCCCACUGCCUGCUCGCCCCACUGCCUGUUCGCCCCACUGCCUGUUCGCCCCACUGCCUGCAGCACGAGGCGUCGGCCACCGCACUGCAUCUCAUGGCACCCAGCAGCACAUUGGGACAGGUGCGGGGAGGGUGGGGGGGCAGGAGAGAUGAGAGGGGGACAGGGAAUGGCAAGUGGAGGGCAGGGGAGGGCAGGGGGAGGGCAAGGGGAGGGCAAGGGGAGGGCAAGGGGAGGGCAAGGGGAGGGCAAGGGGAGGGCAAGGGGAGGGCAAGGGGAGGGCAAGCGGCAGGCAAGGGGAGGGCAAGGGGAGGGCAAGGGGAGGGCAAGGGGAGGGCAAGGGGAGGGCAAGGGGAGGGCAAGGGGAGGGCAAGGGGAGGGCAAGGGGAGGGCAAGCGGCAGGCAAGGGGAGGGCAAGGGGAGGGCAAGGGGAGGGCAAGGGGAGGGCAAGGGGAGGGCAAGGGGAGGGCAAGGGGAGGGCAAUGGGAAGCGGAGAAGUGGGGGAGUGAGAGUGGCAGCAGCAAGCAGAGUGGCAGCAGCAAGCAGAGUGGCAGCAGCAAGCAGAUGGUGCAGCGCGCCAAGCAGAUGGUGCAGCGCGCCAAGCAGAUGGUGCAGCGCGCCAAGCAGAUGGUGCAGCGCGCCAAGCAGAUGGUGCAGCGCGCCAAGCAGAUGGUGCAGCGCGCCAAGGCGUUUGUAGAGGCAGGGCUGACCCCUCCUUUAACCCCCUUCCUCUUCUCCCCCCCUUUUCUGCCUCCCUUACACGCCACUAUUUCCCAGCAGGGUGGCAGCAGCAAGCAGAAGGUUGAGCGCGCCAAGGCGUUUGUAGAGGCAGGGCUGACCCCCCCUGCUGCCCUGCAGGCUCUGCUGCUGCGGGAGAGACGGGCGGGGGGGCGAGGGAGGGAGAGUGAGGAGGAAAGUGAGGAAGGGGAUGAUGAGGAUAGUGCGGAUGAGAGGGUUGAAGGCUUGUUGGCGUGGAAGGAUGAGAGGGGGAGGGCGAGGUGUGGGGGAAACGAGGGGGAAGAGAGUGGGGUGGGCGAGAGGAAAAAAGGGGCAGUAAAGGGAGGAAAGGAGGGGAGGGAAGGAGCAGUGAAGAGAGGAAAGUGUGUGGGGAUGGAGGUGGAGAUGAAAGAGAUGGCUGCAGAGGGCAUGGGAGGUGGGGACGGUGCGAAUAAAGCGAUGGCGACGGAAGUGAAGGGGGACACGAGUAGGGAGAGCAGUGGGGAGGAGGGAAGCAGAGAGGAGGGAGAGGUUAGUGAUAGCGAUGAUGGGGAGGAGGGAGAGGAGGGGAAGCAACAAGGUGAAGAGGUGGGGGACAGGAAAGUAGAGGAGAAUCAGGGGUUGCUGGGCGAACAGGAGGGGCACCGAAUGGAGGAGGUCAGGGAUGACGUCAUCAGCGCAGAGGAAGGAGAGCAGCAGCAGGCAGCAGAGAGCAAAGGAGCAGCAGUGGAGGCGGAGCAGAGAAAGCAGGGAAAAGAAUUGGAAGGCAAGCCAGAGCAGGGAGGGGAGGGUGGUGGUCAAGGGGAGCAGGGAGGGCAGCAGGCGGGGCAGAGGGGAGGGAAGCUGUGGGUGCGGGUGGAGCGGCGGGAGGAGAUAGAGGCACAGCGGGCGGGGCUGCCAGUGGUGGCAAUGGAAGGCGAGGUGAUGGAGGCGGUGGGGGGCAGCAACGCCGUGCUUGUGUGCGGCGAGACAGGGUCGGGGAAGACCACGCAAGUGCCACAGGUGAGUGCGGGUGUGUGGGGUGGGGAAGGGGAAAUGCGUGGGUGGGGGGAGGAAGGGGAGGGUACAUGCGGGCCUGCCCUGCCAUCUCCGUGUGCAGUGGGAUGGGGUCGGGCAGAACGACCCAAGUGCCGCAGGUGUGUGGCGGAGGGGCGUGUGGGUGGGUACGGCUCGUCCCUCCCGGGCGGCACAACCGGCAUGAUUGCCGUCACUCAAGCAAGGAGAUUUCUGUACGAGGCGGGGUACGGCUCGUCCCUCCCGGGAGGCACACCCGGCAUGAUCGCCGUGACUCAGCCGAGGAGGGUGGCAGUGCUAGCAACGGCCAAGCGCAUAGCGGAUGAGAUGGGAGUCACCGUGGGCAGGGAGGUGGGCUACCAGGUGCGGUACGACCGCCAUGUGGCGGGCGGCACAGCCAUUAAGAUCAUGACAGAUGGCAUCCUGCUGCGCGAGGUGCAAGCGGACCUGCUGUUGCGGCAGUACAGCGCGGUGGUGCUGGACGAGGCGCAUGAGCGGAGCGUCAACACCGACAUCCUCGUCGGGCUGCUCUCGCGCAUCGUGCCCCUCCGCCAGGCACGUUGGGGGCAAAGGGGAGGGGGGUAG